UUUAAAGCGAACCGAUGCUAUGUGCUUUGUCGUUCACGGUGGAGAACAAAAGUUCGCCGUUGCUUGUGGAAAAGAGAAAGGUUCAGACGCAGUAUAUAAGCUCCAGGAUACAGAGAGACUGUGAAACCUCUCCACUUCAGACUUCAGAGCUGCCUGGGAAGUGGUGGCUGCACCUGCACAGUAGCAGUCUCCUGUUCAGUUCUACUCGCCGAGAAACCAAGCCAUGGCUGUGGUGGAGUUGAAGGUCGGGAUGCACUGCGACAGGUGCAUCAAGUCGAUCAAGAAGGCGAUCAAAACGAUCGAUGACAUGGAGAGCUACCAGCUCGAGAAGGAGACGAACAAGGUGACCGUGACGGGGAAUAUCACCCCGGAGGAAGUGGUGAAGGCUCUGCAGAAGAUCGGGAAGACGGUAACUUACUGGGGUGAGUGAAGAACAGAGCCCAGAGGAAGACGAGCCACACGGUAACAACUUAUUGUUACUGGGAGUGCGGACUAUAGAGCCCACGUAGUUAGCUAGCUAGUUAGUAUUAGCUCAUGUGCUUACCAUGGGAUAUCAGGAGCUAUUUAUACUGCAGAUCGGGUAAUUCUGGUGAGUUUCUUUGAACUGGUAGAUGUUGGUUCUUCCCUCGCUUGAUCCCAUAUUGACCGCGGCGUCGUCGUGUUGGGUUAACUCUUCUGUAUUGCGUAUACUGAACUCAUGGCAAAGUCUUGUAGAGGAUGAACCCAACUUUUGUACGUUUUCACGGGGAAUAUAUGUAUGAAAGGAGUGAUAUAACUGUCA